AUGCUGGCCUCAGGGCUCCUCCUGGUGGCUUUGCUCACCUGCCUGACAAUAAUGGUCUUGAUGUCUGCCUGGAGGCAGAGGAAGCUCUGGGGGAAGCUCCCUCCAGGACCCACCCCAUUGCCCUUCAUCGGGAAUUACCUGCAGCUGAACACACAGCAAAUGUACAACUCUCUCAUGAAGGUACCUUGAGGGGUGACGUUCAGCAAUGGUGAGCGAGCCAAGCAGCUCCGGCGCUUCUCCAUCACCACGCUGCGGGACUUUGGUGUGGGCAAGCGUGGCAUCGAGGAGCGGAUCCAGGAGGAGGCGGGCUUCCUCAUCGAGGCUUUCCGGGGCACGCAAGGCACCUUCAUCGAUCCCACCUUCUUCCUGAGCCGGACAGUGUCCAAUGUCAUCAGCUCCAUUGUCUUUGGGGACCGCUUUGACUAUGAGGAUAAAGAGUUCCUGUCACUGCUGCGUAUGAUGCUGGGAAGCUUCCAGUUCACAGCUACAUCUAUGGGUCAGCUCUGUGAAAUGUUCCCAUCAGUCAUGAAACACCUGCCAGGACCACAGCAACAGGCAUUUAAGGAUCUGAAAGGUCUGGAGGACUUCAUAGCCAAGAAGGUGGAGCAGAACCAACGCACGCUAGAUCCCAACUCCCCGCGGGACUUCAUCGACUCCUUCCUCAUCCGCAUGCAGGAGGAGCAGAACAACCCCAACACAGAGUUCUACUUGAAGAACCUGGUGCUGACCACACUGAACCUCUUCUUUGCGGGCACUGAGACAGUCAGCACGACCCUGCGGUAUGGCUUCCUGCUGCUCAUGAAGCACCCAGAUGUGGAGGCCAAAAUCCACGAGGAGAUUGACCAGGUGAUUGGCAAGAACCGGCAGCCCAAGUUUGAGGACAGGGCCAAGAUGCCCUACACAGAGGCGGUGAUCCAUGAGAUCCAAAGAUUUGGAGACAUGAUCCCCAUGGGAUUGGCCCGCAGAGUCACCAAGGACACCAAGUUUCGGGAGUUCUUCCUCCCCAAGGGCACUGAAGUGUUCCCUAUGCUGGGCUCUGUGCUGAGAGACCCCAAGUUCUUUUCCCAUCCCCGAGACUUCCACCCCCAGCACUUCCUGGAUGAGAAGGGCCAGUUUAAGAAGAGUGAUGCUUUUGUGCCCUUCUCCAUCGGAAAGCGGUACUGUUUCGGAGAAGGUCUGGCUAGAAUGGAGCUCUUUCUCUUCCUCACCACCAUCUUGCAGAACUUCUGCCUCAAGUCCCCUCAGCUGCCCCAAGAUAUUGAUGUGUCCCCCAAACUUGUGGGCUUAGCCACUAUCCCACGAAAUUACACCAUGAGCUUCCAGCCCCGCUGA